AAGAACGGUAGUUCAGUGAAAGCUGCGCUGUAUUGAACGGCUGUUGCGCUCUUCUUCGCUUUAUAAAAGGAAACCGCCGACGUUGUUCCAUUGACAAUCACCCUCUCUCUUCCAUCUUCGCCUUCAUCGCCGUCGUUGGCAGCUGGUCAUGGCGUCCGUGCGCGGGGGCUGCGCGAUUCCCCUCUUGCUUUCGAUCCUCGUGCUUCCGCUGACCUUCCCGGCCUUCGCUGCUGCGGAUGGGCUGGUCCGUGUGGGUUUGAGGAAGAAAACUAUGGACGAGAGCAGCCGUCUUGCCGGCCGACUUUCGGAGAAGGAAAGGAAGGGGUGGAUGGGGCGGCGGUAUGGUUUAGGAGCGGGCGUCGAGAAUGAUGGCGAAGACGCGGACAUUGUUUCGCUGAAGAACUAUAUGAACGCGCAGUACUUUGGGGAGAUCGGCAUCGGCACCCCUGCUCAGAAUUUCACUGUCAUUUUUGACACGGGUAGUUCGAAUCUGUGGGUUCCUUCUUCAAAAUGCUACUUUUCGGUUGCUUGUUUUUUCCACUCGAAAUUCAAGUCAAGCAAAUCAAGCACAUACCAGAAGAACGGGAAGACUGCAUCAAUCCAUUAUGGUACUGGAUCAAUUUCUGGUUUCUUUAGCGAUGAUCAUGUUUCUUUAGGCGACCUAGUUGUAAAAAACCAGGAUUUCAUAGAAGCCACCAGAGAACCAGGUGUCACAUUCCUGGUUGCAAAAUUUGAUGGCAUCCUUGGACUUGGAUUUAAGGAAAUAUCAGUUGGUGAUGCUGUACCUGUUUGGUAUAAUAUGGUUGAGCAAGGUCUUAUCAAAGAUCCUAUUUUCUCAUUUUGGUUGAACCGAAAUGAUGAGGAAGGAGAUGGGGGUGAAAUUGUCUUUGGAGGAGUUGAUCCAAAUCAUUAUAAGGGUGAUCAUGUAUAUGUUCCAGUAACUCAGAAAGGAUAUUGGCAGUUUAACAUGGGAGAUGUACUCGUUGAUGGUGAAUCUACUGGCUUUUGUAGUGGAGGUUGUGCCGCAAUAGCAGAUUCAGGAACUUCCUUGAUUGCCGGACCAACGACGGUUAUUGUAGAAAUUAACCAAAAGAUCGGAGCUUCUGGUGUUGUUUCUCAAGAGUGCAAGGCAGUAGUUGCUCAAUAUGGGCAACAAAUUCUCGACAUGUUGAUAUCACAGACACAACCGUCCAAGAUUUGCUCCCAAAUUGGUCUCUGCACAUUUGAUGGAACUCAUGGAGUCAGUAUCGGCAUUGAGAGUGUAGUCGGCGAUAAUGUGGAUGCCUCAGCUGGUUUGCACAGCGACGCAAUGUGCACCGCUUGUGAGAUGGCAGUGGUAUGGAUGCAAAAUCAACUGAGACAAAACCAAACAGCAGAAAACAUAUUGAAUUACAUCAAUCAGCUAUGCGAGCGACUACCAAGUCCUAUGGGAGAAUCAUCAGUAGACUGUGCCGCAAUAGCAUCGUUGCCAAAUGUAUCGUUCACCAUUGGCGAUAAGGUGUUCGAACUUAAACCAGAGGAGUAUAUUCUGAAGGUUGGUGAGGGAGCUGCAGUACAGUGCAUCAGCGGAUUCACUGCCUUGGAUGUACCUCCCCCACGGGGACCCCUCUGGAUACUGGGCGAUAUCUUCAUGGGAGUCUACCAUACGGUUUUCGACUACGGCCAGUUGAGAGUUGGCUUUGCUCAAGCAGCUUAAAAGGCUACACUGCUAUCCUCAUCUCUAAUGCAGUUACAUCGGACCCUAGUUAUGUUUCCCAUUGUAUAGAACAACCAAAUUGUCGAUGUAGUUGUCCAUGUUACUGUCUUGCUUAAAUCCUUAAUAAGCAGUUCUCGACUUGAGAUAAGUUGUAUUUCGUUUACUCAGUUUCUUAAAUUGGCGACUCAGAUUUGUGUGA